AUGAGAAAGGCGAUCCUAGUGGGACUGGUCACACAGGCGAUUCUCAAAAGACAUUUUGGCACCAACGGUCUGUUUGUUUUAGCUGUAAACCCAUUUUCGCCGGCAAUACCAGGAGGGUAUGGCGCACCAACCUAUAACACUCCAUAUGGAAAGACAACCGAUUCCCGGGUUCUUCAAGAAAUGGACCACGAUGAGAGAUAUCAUACCAAGUUGAAGCCAUACGAGAAGUUUGACCAUAGCAAAUACCUCAAAAACUACAACAACCCUCGAUAUACUGGGCAGGUUCCAGUACAGGAGAAAGGCAUCUUUUCCAAGGUUGCAUCUGGAGCAAAGGCAGUUGGUCGUUACUUGCUGGGUGGAACAAGCUAUCGAGACAAGGUCAAUCCACAUGGACAUACCCAUGGCCCAUCUAGUGCUGGCUACCAUGGCCACGGUGUUUCUCCAUACGGUUCUGGUAUAGGAUACGGUGGAUAUGGCCACCAUGGCAUGGGCCACCCAGGAAUUAUUGGCGGUACUAAUCCCGGAAUGAUCGGCGGUACUCACCCAGGAAUUAUCGGCGGUACUCACUCCGGAAUUAUCGGUGGUGCUCACCCUGGAGUUGCAAUGGCCGGAGCCAGUGCCGCAGCAGCAGCCGGUAUAGGAGGAAUUGGUGGGAUUGGCGGCGCAAUGCCAGGAGCAAUAGGCGGUGUUGGCGGAGUAGGAGUACCAGGAGGUGUAGGCGUGGGAGGAGCAGGAAUACCAGGAGAUGUAGGCGUGGGAGGCAUGGGAGUGCCAGGCGGAUACGGCGCUUCAGCUUCGGCCAGUGCCGGCAUUAUGGGAGACGGAUAUGGACCUUCAGCAUCCGCUUCGGCCAGUGCAGGGUAUGGCAGCUUAUCUUCAGAAGGACUACGAGAUGGUAUUUCGGCAGCGAACGUACUUGGCUCUUAUUACGAUGUGUUGGUUGGUCUAAAGAAGCCAAUUCAAGGCAUCAGUCCAAUAACUGGUAUUUUGGCCUAUCCGAUUAGCGACAACCUAUAUACCGACUACUGGGGCAUUAUUAAGUUCCACCCCAAUUCCCAAGGACUUCUUACCGACAAAAGUGGCUAUUUCUAUGGUGAGCGCGUCAAUAGCCGAAAGGACAUUAUGAGACACGGGAGCCUUUCAGAAAUUGGGUUCUACCAGAAGCGAGGUUUGACCGAAAACGAAAUGAACAACAACUACAUUGCCGUCAAGAUGCUCAUCCAAGAAAUAUCCAACAUCACCAAAAAGGACAUUGAGACACUACACAACGAGAAGAUCGGGGUUGGAUUCUUACAAGGAAUACAGGAAUACUAUGGCAACAUCCAGAAUCGACUCAAAAACCGCAAAACCUGCCUUACCAUUUGUAUAUGCAGCAAUAGCAGCUGUACAGGACCAUGCAAGUCCAUUAAGUGUGUUGAGCCUAUGUAUCUUAUCUGA